UUCACAACAACAACAACAUCGUCGUACUCUAGUCAAUGCUUUCUCUCUCUAUCUCUCGUUUUACUCUUCGCGACAAAAUCCACUCCACGUCCGCUUCCGCUUCCGCUUCCCUUCGAGCCUCUUAAGCGGAGGAUCUCGAGCGUAUGUAAUCCAUUCCCAAAACCCACGAAGCGAUUCUCGAGCUGAGCUCUCGACUCCACGAGAAGCUCGAAGGUGGCUUCGUUGUUGGCGGUGGCAAGCACCUGCCGCGAGCCAAAGCAAGUGCCUUUCCUUCCUUCCUUCCUUCCUUUCUUUUUUCUGGGUGCCGUUGAACGGUUAAACGGGACGCGUUGGGAUUGCACUUCGAUCGAGCGAGUCGGUGAGUCGAGUUACCGCGUGGGACUGAGUGAAUGAGCGGGAUGGGUUCCGAGCAGAUUAGAAUUCCUCAGCCGCAGCAGCAAGAACGGAGAUGGGGAGGAUGCCUUGGUGCUUUUCCUUGUUUUGGUUCUCAGAAAGGUGGAAAGCGUAUAGUUCCUGCAUCUCGUAUUCCAGAGGGAAAUGCUGCAGCAAACCAGCCAAACAGACCUCAAGCCAUUGGGUUGGCUAACCCAGGGACAGCACUAGUUCCCUCUCUUCUUGCACCUCCUUCUUCACCAGCAUCCUUUACAAACUCUGCUCUCCCUUCAACGGCUCAAUCACCUAGUUGUUUCCUAUCUUUAUCAGCCAACUCACCCGGUGGCCCUUCAUCCACAAUGUAUGCCACGGGGCCCUAUGCUCAUGAAACACAACUUGUUUCUCCUCCAGUUUUCUCAACCUUCACAACUGAGCCAUCAACUGCCCCUCUCACUCCUCCACCAGAGUUGGCCCAUUUAACUACACCGUCCUCACCGGAUGUUCCUUAUGCACAGUUCCUUUCAUCUUCAAGGGGCCUCAAGGGUGCCGAUAGGAGCAGUUACCUUGCCGGGAAUGAUCUUCAGGCGAAUUAUCCACUUUACCCUGGAAGCCCUUCCAGUAGUCUGCGAUCACCUGUUUCGAGGAUAUCCAGUGGUGGGUUAUCAUCGUCUUUUCCAGAAAGGGAGUUCCAUUCGCAAUGGGAUCCAUCGGCUUCUCCUCAAAGUGGGAAGUAUCAUGGAAGUGGUACUGACCGGUUAUAUGGGCAAGACAAUGCAAGCUCCUCUGCAGCCGCUCACGAUACUAAUUUCUUCUGCCCGGCUACAUUUGCUGAAUUUUAUCUUGAUCAUAAUCCUCCAUUCCCUCAAACUGGUGGCAGAUUAAGUGUUUCUAAGGAUUCAGAUGUUGCUUAUAAUGGUAGCAGUGGAUACCAGAAUCGGCAAAACAAUAGAAGUCCCAUGCAGGAUGCCGACGAAAUAGAAGCUUAUAGAGCAUCCUUUGGGUUCAGUGCAGAUGAAAUAAUUGUCACUAACCAUUAUGUGGAGAUCUCUGAUCCGAUGGACGAUUCCUUCAGCAUGACUCCUUUGCCUCCAAUAACUCUUCUACUGGGGAGACCCUACAGCCUGUUUUUGGAGGUGAAGAACAAAAAGCAGAGAAAACGCACAUAACGUUGCUAACAUCAAGAAGUCUUGGAGUUGAACCAGAUCCCCUUACCAGACAUGCACGCUUUGAAGUGUCAUCGUCUUGCAAUAAUCAUAGAGAACGGAAACCGUGGAGGCCAAGUUCAGAUGCACCUGGAUUGAGUACUCCCAUUAACCACACAGAUGAUGAGAAUAUUCUUUGGAGGAUGCGAUCAUCCAGAAGUUGUCGAAAGUACCAUUCAGGUUUGUCCAGCUCGGAUGCUGAGAUUGAGUAUAGGAGAGGAAGAAGCUUAAGAGAAGGAAGAAGAGAUUUUGCAUGGCGUCGUUGAUGACUGAGCUUGAAGAUAUUUGCUGCCCAUGGUUAACUAGUUUCAAGAUUUUAGGCCUCUUUUGUUACUUGAUACUCUUUGGGAUUAUUUUCAUAUUGGUAGGUGGAAUGCUCCGACCUCUCUGUCCCUUGUGCUUGAUCAUAUUUCUGUGCUCGCGCUCUGUAUGAUUCGCUAGUUUAUCUUCUGUACAAGUUACAUAGGGAUGCAUCGGAUGAUACAUAUUUGUCAAGUUGUGUUGUAAGGUGCACAAAAGCAUUUAAUUUGCAUCUCUUGGCUCAAAUCUUAGUGAUAGUCUGGCUGAGAGCAAAGAUCAUCUGCUCGAAUAACCAUUUCUUUCUUUA